UCCACAGCCACCCCCGUUAUAUAACUGUGCCCCUGGCUAGUAGUCUCAUCAGCAUUUAGGAUUUCACCAGACGAGUUGACACAUGUCCAGGGUCUUCAGCUACAUCCUCGGGUCAGUAUUCACCCUAUUCCGGAUACUACAUAGCUGCCAUCUAUCAUCUCCGACUUCACUCAACUCAUGCAUUGUCGGUCACAAAAGAGAGACCGUUGGGAAUCAAGACCCUGUAUUUGCGCCUCUUGGAAAGAAGGUUGCGGCCGCUAGAAGAAAUCUCACCCGAAGGAUUCGGUACGUUGUUCUCUUUGGCCCACCGCUUGGUUCGCACGGCAGUGAUGGGCUCAGGUACCGACCGCAUCCCCAACAACUAGCGAACAGAUGAACCUGUUUAGACUCCCUCCUCCUCAUCCCGCCAUUAGUAUGAUGCUUGCCGCAGUUGAUCGUAUGACCACUGACGCCGUCCAUGCAUACCAUAUCGCAAGACUCGGCGGAAGAGAAAAGCAUGGCGUAGAGUAACCCUUGAUAUCCCUCUGCGAAGCCCUGUGGAGGAAUCCUACAAGCAAAGUCUUCAGAUCCACCCCCUUUGUCUUACUUGAUUAGACAUCAACCAGUUUCUGUGACUAUGACCUGGCCACCAGAGUUCAAUGAGAUAUGGCUUUCAUCAAAUAUGUUUGCUCUUGUAAGCAAUAUAGUUGUUCGAUAUCGUUCAAGGUUUUCAACAGCAGAAGCUCUGAUGCACAUACGGAACUGUACAACAACUAGUCAACGACUUGCACAACAAGCUCCGUCAUCACAAGAAAUUGAAGGGCCAGUCAAGAGGGCUAUUUUCACCUGUGCCGAAGGCGGUAAGUUGACGCUACACGGAUAUCUGGGCCGUGGAAAGGAGGCUAGUUGUCCAGGGUACAUGAGGCACUGAACGCUCCCGCGGAUAUUGACCGAUAGCGGAACACGGAUAUUAUACACCUAUAUAGAGAGAUAACAAGACCAUAGUAUAGAUGGAGACUACAUUAUUGCAGUCAGACCAGUCACGAAGCAAGUCAAGAGAUACACAUGUUGUGUUGCUCUGGGGUAUUGUAACUUCGUAGCUUCGCCUACCUCGAGG